AUGCACGCCGUCGCAUUCAGUGCCGCGCUCCUGUACGCCACGCUCACUGCGUCCGCCAAGCCCGCACCCAGCCUGCGCCCGCGCGCCAGCACUGCGAUCUCCCUCCUCAACACCGUCUACCUCCCACUCCACAUCUUCAACGUGACCUUCACCUUCGUCGGGUAUGGCCUGCCCCGGGUCGGGAACCAAGCCUUCGCGGACUACGUCGAUGCCCAGUCAAACUCCGUCACGCACAUCAACAAUGAGGAAGACCCGGACCCAAUCCUGCCGGGCAUGUUCCUCGGCUUCAUGCACCCGUCUGGAGACUCGGAGGUGCACAUCGAAGACUCGGGCGAGUGGGCGGCGUGUACCAGCCAGGAUAACCCGAGCACGGAGUGCAUCGUCGGGGACGUGCCGUAUCUCUGGGAUGGCAAUGUGUCAGACCAUGACGGGCCGUAUAACGGGGUGAACGUGUGA